AUGGUUUUAGUCCAAGAUUUGUUGCACCCAAACCCUGCCUCCGAGGCCCAGAAACACAAGUUGAAGACCUUGGUCCAAUCGCCCAGAUCUUUUUUCAUGGAUGUCAAGUGCCCAGGAUGCCUUAACAUCACUACUGUUUUCUCCCACGCCCAAACUGCUGUCACGUGUGACGGUUGCUCUUCGGUUUUGUGUACCCCAUCUGGCGGUAAGGCUAAGUUGACCGAGGGCUGUUCUUUCAGAAGAAAGUAA